UGCAGCCUGUACAUUGUCCUAUUCCUUACUAUGGUCCGUAUCACUCCUGAGCUGGUGGAAAAUGCUCCUCAGUUUACCAAUGCAAUUCAUGAUCGAGAGCUGGAUCUUCGUGGCUACAAGUUCCCCGCUGUAGAGAAUCUUGGUAGUACACUGGAUCAGUUUGACACGAUUGAUUUAUCAGACAAUGAGAUACGGAAAUUGGACGGUUUCCCGAUACUCAAGCGUCUAAGAUGCGUCAUCUUAACGAACAACAAGAUUGUUCGUUUGGCAGAAGACAUCGGGCAGCAAAUACCAAAUGUGAACACAUUGAUUCUCACUGGGAAUGGAUUUUCCGAACUUCGAGAAUUAGAACCCUUGUCCACCUUUGAAAAGCUGACCUUUCUCAGUCUCUUACACUGUCCCGUCACAAUGCGGGCAAACUACCGGCUCUUCGUUAUCAGCCGUAUCGACUCACUCCGUUUUCUGGACUAUCGCCGGGUCACACAGUCUGAGCGUCGGUUGGCGCGGAAUAUGUUCAAACGCUUACCUGCUUUAGCACUCAAUCCGAACGUAAAGAAUGCUGCGCCGAGUAAACCGAUCAACGGAAUCCGAACCGACUCACACGCUACCACAGUCAAAACGUUCAUCCCCGGUGCCCCGUUGUUCCAACCGUCCAAUCCCCCUCCAACUGCCAAUGCUACCGCUCAGUCCACCUUUGAUGAGAACGCUGAAUCCGGUGUCCAACAAUCCUCGGAAUCUCAUGUAGCAGUGACGACGGCGGAGCCACGAAUGCCACCUCCACCCACCCCGAUCCCGGCCGGGACCAAACGUGCGGCCGCUGGUGGCUCUACCCAAGACUUAUUUGCGAUACAAGAGGCGAUUAAAAGGGCGAAAUCCAUGGAAGAAGUGGAACGAUUGCACCAUCUGCUGAGCACUGGUCAGUCGGCUGGCUUCGCAGCUUACUGGCAACAGCAGCUCAGGUUGCAGCAACAACAGAAACAACUGCAGCUACAGCAACAACAGCAACAGCAAGGCGAGGAGCAGCAGCGACCACAUGGCCAGGAGAGGAAUACCCCAAUCGAGUCGUAUGUUGCCGAGGAAGAAGAGAAAUCUAACGAAGAUGUUCAACAUAUGGAUGAAUAAUCAUCUACCGGUUCCCAACACCCACGAGUUUCACCGUGACUAACCUGACCUGAGUCACCCCGCUGUAAAACACCGUUGCUAUUCAUUUUUGUGCACUCCCUGACGCUAAAAGCAAACAAUAUACAAACAGCUAAGUUUGACUGUUUUAUCUUG